UCAGAAUUCCAAGAAGCCACCUAGAAUUUCAUUGAAAAAUACAUUUAAAUGCAUGGAGUGUGAAAAGAGCUUCAGUCAGAAAGGACACCUUACAAGACAUCAAGGUAUUCACACAGGAGUGAGACCAUUUAAAUGUAUGGAGUGUGGAAAGAGCUACAGUGAUCGCGGAACGCUAAGAAUCCAUCAGCGAACUCACACAGGGGAGAAACCAUUUAGUUGUAUGGAGUGCGGAAGGACCUUCAGUCACAGUGAAGGCUUUAAAAGACAUCAGCGAACUCACACCGGGGAGAAACCAUUUAAUUGCAUAGAAUGUGGUAAGAGCUUCAGUGAUAGUGGAAACCUUACAAAGCAUCAACGAACUCACACAGAAGAGAAGCCAUUUAAAUGCAUAGUGUGUGAAAGGAGCUUCAAUUGUAGUGGAAACCUUAGAAGACAUAAGCGAAUUCACACAGGGGAAAAAUCAUUUGAAUGUAUGGAGUGUGGAAAGACCUUCCGUGAAAGGGCAAAACUUACCAUACAUCUACGAAUUCACACAGGAGAAAAACCAUUUAAAUGCAUGGAGUGUGGAACAUGCUUCCGUCAUAGAGAAUCGCUAAGAAUGCAUCAAUAUAAUCAUACAGGAGAUAAACCAUAUAAAUGUUUUGAGUGUGGAAAAUGCUUCAGUCUGAGUGGAAACUUUAAUGAACAUCUACAAACUCACACAGGAGAGAAACCAUAUAAAUGUAUGGAGUGUGGAAAGUGCUUCGGUCACAGAGGAAACCUUAAUGUACAUCUACAAACUCACACAGGAGAGAAACCUUUUAAAUGCGUGGAUUGUGGAAAGAGCUUCAUUGAUAGUGGAAACCUUACAAAGCAUGAACGAACUCACACAGAAGAGAAGCCAUUUAAAUGCAUAGUGUGUGAAAAGAGCUUCAAUUGUAGUGGAAACCUUAGAAAACAUGAGCGAAUUCAUACAGGGGCGAAAUCAUUUAAAUGCACAGAGUGUGGAAAGACCUUCCGUGAAAGGGCAAAACUUACCAUACAUCUACGAAUUCACACAGGAGAAAAACCAUUUAAAUGCAUGGAGUGUGGAACAUGCUUCCGUCAUAGAGAAUCGCUAAGAAUGCAUCAAUAUAAUCAUACAGGAGAUAAACCAUAUAAAUGUUUGAGUGUGGAAAAUGCUUCAGUCUGA